GGGGGGUCCAUAUGGCUGAGGAGAUGUUGUGAAAGUCUUGCACCUGACUGGAGUGUUCAUCACUGUCCCACAGACUGAUGCCCACAUCUACUCCAUAAGGCAGCAGAAACAGCAGCACAUCCAUUUCUCAGCAGAAUAAGCGUCCUGAUCCCAUGGAUAAACAAUCCACAGUGGUGUUUCGUAAUGUGGGGCAACUGUACUUCCCCCAAUCCAGAGUGGAGUGCCACUACAGCCUGACCUCUGACCAUCAGUGGAGCAGCAGCGACUGGAUUGGCAUUUUUGAGGUGGGCUGGUCUUCAUUGAAACAGUAUUUCACAUACUCAUGGGCCCUUGUUCCUGAGGGAUACACGGAGGGAACCGAUGUAAACUGGUGUGCACUUUUCCAAGCAUAUUACCUGCCCCGCCCCGGUGACAUGGAGUUUCAGUUUGUGUACGUGGACAAAUCAGGAGAGGUGUGUGGCUCUAGUCGACCCUUCAACUUCUGUUCUCCCAAACCGCUGGAGGAGAUGGAGACUCUGACAGAGGAACGAGGCGAGGAGGAGGACGGAGAGGAGAGAGAGGAGGACCUGCUCCUGGUCAUCCCCAAGGCCGAGCUGCUGCAGAGUCGACUGGAGGAAUGCUUGAAAAACCAGGCCGGUUUACAGCAGGCUCUGGAUGCCACGAAAAAGGAGACGCAUGAGGAGAAAGAGAACAGUAAAACAUUACAGGUGGAGUGGGAGAAGGAAAGAGAAGAAAUGAAGGAGGAGAUCUCAGUGCUGAGAGACGACCUGCGACAGAACUGUGACAAGUUGAAGAAGAUGGAGGGAAAACACAAGGAUGCAAGGUACAGUCAAGAAAACCUGACGUCUGAACUGACCAAACUUGUGACUGACAAGUCUGAGACUGAACAGCGAAUCAGAGACCUGGAGGAAGACGUCAAAGCUCAGACUGAGAGGAAGAAUGAGGCCAACAUGGAAGUGGAAAGGCUGAAGGAGAGACUGAAGAAAAUGUCCAGUCAAAUGAAGCACAAUGAGGAAAAGAGAAAAACCCUGCAGGUGGACAGCGAGGCCGGCCUGGUGGAGGUGCGAGGGCUCCAGGAGCGUCUGGAUGUUGGCGACCAUGUAACCGAGAGCCUGCGCCGGGAGCUGAGGGAGCUGGCCACACGUCAGGCCCACACCCACACCGACCUGCACCAAGCCCGGCUGCAGGUGGCCCAGCUCACCCUGCAGCUGUCGGAGGAGAACCUGGUCCUCAGGGAGGAGCAAGCCAACUGGGCCCUGGAGAGAGAGGCCUCCAAACAUGUAGCAGAGGCAGAUAAAAAUAAAUGGCAAGACCUGAGUUGUGAGAUGGAGAGGAAGGAGGAAUGGCUCCAGGAGGAGAGGAUGGAGAGGGAGAAAGUAGAAAUCGAGCUCGGGAGGGAGAGAGAUUGCAAUCGAGUGCUGCUGGGCGAUGCAGGUCGAGAGCUCCAGGAGUUGAGGGCCAGUCUGAGGAGGGUCCACACAAAGAGAGAGGAGGAGCAGCUUGAGAAACAGGACCUGGUGAGCUACAUCCACCAGUUAGAGCAGAGGUUGGGGAUUGUUCCAGAAAAUAAAUCAAAUGAAGAAAUUCCCACAUCUGUCUCUCCUGUCACUGAGGAGAAGAAAGUUCCAUCCCCAGCUUCCCCCAGAAAAGUGCAUUCACCUAUAUUCCUGCUCACUCACCUGGGACAGUCCCACAGAGCUGAGAUCUACGCUGAGACACACAACCAGAGCAACGACAACACACCGGCCUCUGACACACAGGGUGUGGAGAUGCUGCAGGAGAUUCAAGCUGAUGAACGGAAGCAACUGAUCCUACCUGAACUCACCAACCCCGUCCUGAGUGACCUGGCCGACUCCCCCGUGUGGUAACACAGAGAAGCACGGCUGGAUGGCAGGUUGCUUUCUUAGCACCAUCAUAAGAAACUUGUAACAUUUUAUGAUCAUUUUAUUGUUGUUCUUUGAUGCUCAUGUAAAAAAAGGCCUUUACAAAGAUCAGAAUAUAGAGUCUUUACAUUGCGAGUGCCUGAAUUUAAAGAAAACGUGGCACAAUGUGUUUUACUCAUGUGCCCAGAAUUUACUUAUUUAAACUUAAUUUUAUUGGUGUGAAAAAUGGUUUUCUUAGUGGUUUAGGAUUUAUGAGUUCAUAACUCCAGUAAAACUUGGAGUCUAAUUUAUUAUUGUGCUACAUUUUUAGAUUGAAAUGUGGAUGUGUGUAACUGUUGUUGGAAAAUGUCAAAGUGUGUAAUAAUUAGUUUGAAUUUAACGGAGUACAUCUUGUUUUGGUGGUAUGUUUGGAGAUGUGUCAGCCCCUCACCUCUGCAUGUGUGUGUGAAACCUGAAAGCAUGUCAAACGUGUGGGUGUGUGUUACAGACGUGUGAAAUGUUGUGUUGCAGCUUGUCGAGCAGAAUGUCAGACGGAGAGAUGUGAGGUUCUUUAAUAAAAUAUUAUCAUGAAUACAACAGGGUG